UUUUGCGUCCAAUAAACCCAUUUAUUCUCGGAAUAUUUUCUCGGAAACACAAAGAAAUUAAUAGACGAGAAAGAAGACAACGGAAUGCUACAUUUUUAAGUCGCUAAUCAUGGAUGGUAGAAGAAUCUCCAUCUGACGACCUACCGAUUCCAUGGCUGCUGCAUCAACCAUCUCCUCCGCCCCCAAGAGCCCUCUUACGGCCCCAAGUGCUGCCGCUUCUGGCCACGAAGACCUUUGCCGUCGCUUUCGCAAUGAUCAGAAACAACUGCAUCCUUCUUCUUCUCUGAGGCAACUGCUUCUCGUCAAAAACCAGGACACGGGAUGCCCCGAAGGCUGCAUCCCAGCAGGCGGCGGAGGGGACUCCGCCCCCAUCUCUUUUCUCGGAUCGUCGGAUCCGAGUACCAUGCAAGAACAGCCUGGGAUAGCGGAGCACUCGUCCUCGGAAGGCAAGGGUAUCGUCGAAGGAGGGGAAGGGAGCACGAGCAGCGAUGGGAGUGAGGAGUGCAGUACGAGCAGCGGCGGGUCGUGCGUCUGGAGUAAACCCCACAAAGGCAACGACGCCCGAUGGAAGGCGAUCCGGGCCGUCAGAUCUCGCAACGGCGACCUAGUGCUUGGCCAUUUCAGGCUUCAGAAGAAGCUCGGUAGUGGGGAUAUUGGAACCGUCUAUCUUGCGGAGCUCAGCGGAACGAGUUGCUGCUUCGCCAUGAAGAUCAUGAACAAGGAGGCUCUGGAGAGCCGGAAGAAGCUUCCGAGAGCGCAGACCGAGAGGGAGAUUUUGGAGCGCCUUGACCAUCCUUUUCUGCCCACUCUGUACACUCACUUUGAAACGGAGCAGCAUUCCUGCUUGGUGAUGGAGUAUUGUCCUGGAGGAGACCUACAUGCUCUUCGGCAGAGGCGGCCUGGCAAAUGUUUCUCUGAGCAGGCGGCCAGGUUUUACGUUGCUGAAGUCCUCCUUGCACUGGAAUACCUGCACAUGUUAGGCAUUGUUUACAGAGAUCUGAAGCCGGAGAAUGUGUUGGUGAGGGAGGAUGGCCACAUCAUGCUAUCCGAUUUCGAUCUAUCACUGUGCUGCACAUUCUCUCCCACGCUUAUCAAGUCAUCAAACUCGGAUGCAGAUCACCUGAAAAACUCCACCGCAUACUGUGUUCAAACGUCCUGCAUCGAGCCAUCGUGCAUACAACCUACAUGCUUUACGCCACGUUUCUUCGUCGGCGGUAGAUCGAAGAAGGAUGCGAAGGCUAACAAGCCAAGGAGAGCUGAGAUCAAUCACCAGUUGAUUCCUGAACUUAUUGUAGAGCCCACGAGUGCCAGGUCAAUGUCUUUUGUGGGAACUCAUGAGUAUUUGGCCCCGGAGAUUAUCAAGGGCGAGGGUCAUGGGAGUGCUGUGGACUGGUGGACGUUUGGAAUUUUUUUGUAUGAGCUUUUGUUUGGAAAAACUCCAUUUAAGGGUUCAGAGAAUAGAGCCACACUAUUCAAUGUAGUGGGUGAGCCCUUGAGAUUUCCUGAAGUUCCUGCAAUAAGCUUUGCAGCAAGGGACUUGAUCAGAGGGUUGCUUGUGAAGGAGCCCCAGCAGCGGCUGGCAUAUAGGCGGGGAGCUACUGAGCUGAAGCAGCACCCGUUCUUCCAUAGCGUGAACUGGGCUCUCAUACGGUGUGCUAGUCCGCCAGAAAUGCCAAAAUUAUACAAGAGUGAAAGUCGGCCGACUUUGGCGGUGGUUGAUGCCGCCGCCGGCGGCAGCAGCAGUGGCCCUGAUGUGAAACUUGUGGGAAAAUAUCAGGAGAAUAUUGAUUUCUUUUGAAUAAGGUUUUUUGCGAUUCGUCUGUGCUGCUUGGUCUCCUUGAAUUUUCAAGGCACAAGGGCGUCACAUUAGGCGGUACGUUCUAUGAAUAUUCUCUUCGAUAUGAAUGUUUCUUUGUUAUUUACUGUUUGGUAUGGUUAAAAAGGGAAAAAGGUGGGAAGAAGCAUCAUUCUAAGGGCAAAUUAUUAGGUCCGGUGACCGGACCAUAAUUUGAGUCCGGAUUGGUGCACUUUUACUACGCUUUUGAUGUAUUUUUGCAAAAGAGCAGCUAAUACACAAUUUUAAUUGCAUAUUAGCUGUUUUUUUGUUGAGUAUUUACAAAAAAAAGCAAAAGCGCGGUAAAAGCGCAAUAAAUAUCUUACUCAUUGAGUAUUUCCUGUCCUUUUGUUGCUCUUUUCAAAUACUCAGUAAAAAGGCAGCUAAUAUGCACUUAAAAUUAUAUAUUAGCUACACUUUUGCAAAAUCACAUCAAAAGUGCAAUAAAAGCGCACCAAUCCGGACUCAAAUUUAGGUCCGGUCACCGGACCUAAUAAUUUGCCCAUUUCCUUCUAAGGUAUUUACACCUCCAACCUCUUUCUAAUGGGUAGGAGGUAACAGCACCUGAGAAAUUAGCUUUGACGGGAGCAAGAGGUAGGCAAGGCUUCGUGAUUAUAACAAACGUUACAUUGCAAGUGUUGUCAUCGUCCUUUUUAUAUUCUCAUUUCCCAUUGUAUUUCUGUGUUUGUUCAGUGAAAUUUGAUUUUAUUUUGUCUGCAAAAUGCUUCAGAUAUCAUUUUCAUUUAUGUGAAAAGAGAGAUGAAUUAUGAGUCUGGCUAAGGAGAAAGAUUAUCCAAAUGAAACGGUACUCUUCUUCUAUCUUAUGAGAUUACCGAUAUAUCUGUAAUGCUUUGUGAAGUAUUCUCGAAACGAUUAAUGAUUUGCUGCUAAGUUGGGUCA